AUGCUCAUAGCAGCUACCUCCGCAGCCCCCGUUGCAAACCAUCGUCCCGACAUCCCAUCAACUGCCGUGAACCCUGCGAUCGCAGUAGACCAGCAAGCACAGAUACUUAGACGUUGUCAUCUUGGCCAUUCCCAUGGCGGACUGGAAGUCCCACUCUACUGUCCGAACGGCGUUGAUGAUGUAUACGAGGACGAUGAGGAAACGAUUGCGAAACGGAAUCACAUUGGUGUUAUCCACGCCGAAGGCGUCCACACUACUGAGAUGCCGGAUGAUCUGGUCAGCAAGAGAGUUGCAGAGCCAUCGCAUGAUGGGGAGGACGAUGCAGGAGUGAACUAG